AUGGGUAGCGGCUCCCUCUUCCAAGUCGGCCAAGCUGUUGAAUUCUGGCGCGUCUUGGUUCACUUGAGCAUCUUGGCCUUCUGUCUCGUUUUCUUUGAAGCGGCGCUCCAUCACGUGGAGCAAAAGGUCUCUCGCCAUGACAAGUACCACCACAUGCUUCGGAAAGGCUAUCGAGAGCUCAUGGUGCUGGGGUUACUGAGUCUCGGUCUCAAACUCCUGAAAGAAGUACCGGGUAUCAACGCCUACAGCAAGACCAUGCUGGCCUUCCAGGUCGCCGACUUGACGAUCUUCAUCCUGGCCCUAGCUCUCAUCCUGCAAGCUACAGUCGUCUUCUUGCAGCUCCGCAAGCACAACAUUGAAGCCGAUCGAAUUGAGCUCAUCACGGCACAAGAUCUGAUCAAUGCUAUCACGCCUCCAGCUGGCACGCCCCCGCUCGCUACAGCCCAAGCUCCAGCCCAGUCGUCGUUCCAAUGGCUCAGCUGCUGGUCGAGCAAACCGACAAAGGGGGUCGACCUGCAAGUUGUCGAGCGUCGCCUGCUUCGUCACUUGUUUCUACGGCGCUUUGGACUGCCGCAGCUCUUCCCCUUCUCCAAGUACCUUCGUCGAGCUCAAGCCAACCAGAUCUCGCACAUGAUUGAAGUCGAGCCAUCCAUGUGGGUGCUCUUGCUGGCAGUGGCCUGGAUGAUCUGUGGCUUUCUCGAUGCACUCGAGGAACUGGACGUGGAUCUUCCUGGAAAGCACGAACUAGUGGAAGUGUUCGUGGUUUUCGCCUGGGCCUUGGUGGUCCUGCAUGUUGCCGUGCUGCUCUACUUUCGCUCGUGUAUCCACCAGCUUCUGCUUGCUGCAGGGUAUAGUGACGAUGAGUCGACGUUGGUUGCCAACCUCCGCUUGGUCGCUGAACAAGAAGUGGCGGCAUGGCAAAUGGAAGCUGCAGAUAGUGCUCUUCGGACUAUGAAUCGAGUCCAAGAAGAGCUGGAAGAGAUGGAAGAUUGUCGCAAUGCUGAACGCCACGCUUUACUCCGGAAAGACAUUGGGCUGCAGCUCGUUGCGACUUGUAUCCGCAAUAUGAAUCAGGUGGCGGAUCCCAAGAAAACUCGCGUGGGUCGCGCUACCAAUGGCGUCCAGCUCGGAACUCCCGAUAUUCCGAUGCGGUUCUUUUCUCGGAAAGCUUGGCACGUGGCCGUCAUGUUCAUGCUCGUUCUCAAUGGAUUCUUCAUUGCGCUGCUGGUCCAGUGUGCUGUGUACGACCUGGAUGACAUUUACGAAGAGUUUGGACUCGUGCAUGCUCUGGUGGUGCCCCUACCGUUGUUUCUCAACACGUUUGUGUUCCAGCAGCAACUGUUCCGGUACUUUGUCAUUAUCUGCAGCAUCGUUCGCGUGGAUGCGAAUACAAUGGGCGAAGUGGUGUCGCACUUCAGCGAGAUUGUGGAGCUCCGGUCGGAGUUUGCGUCGUCGUUGCUCGACUGUUUGAAGGAACGAGACUACACGAUCAUUGAUUUGCGACGAGAGCUCCACGCAUACGAUCCGCGACAGACUGGGAUGAUUGACGUGGAGAAACUACGUCUGGUUCUAGCUGGUUUCGACUACCGCUUGACCCGCUUUCGCUUGAAUAGCGUCGCGAUGAUGCUCUUUGAGCUCAAGGGCACGAAAGUCGAGUAUGGCCAGCUCCUUCGACUGCUAAUGCUCGCACAGAACGAGGCCUUGAAUGAAAGCGAUCAACCAAGUCAGCGCCGCCAGCACCUGCUUUUACGGCACAGUAGUAGGUCCGUUGAGGAGCGCGAGUCUUCCCGUACACGUUCGGAUCGAGUGACUGUCCGCACUCGAUCGCAUCGGGCAACAACUCGUCAAGUGCCUUUGCUGUCUCAACCGAGCUUGGAAUCGGAACCAGGUUUGAGCGAUUUCGUCAACAUGGUCACGCCAGGUUUGCGGCGACUCUCGCCGACGCGAACUUCCGGUGCUCACACUACUGCUGCAAGAGUGGAAAGUAUUCGUGAACGGGCUCCCAUGCUCGACCGGAGUCAAUCGUAUCAAUUUGCGACUUCAAGUUCUCGAGCGCUCCACGCAAUGUUUAACAUUGGUAGAGGAUCGGAUCCUGAGAUGGACACGGAAUCCACCGAGACUGAAGUGUGA